CUCAGUGGGAAUGAUUUUGGAGGCAUUCCAAUCCCAAAAUUCAUUGGUUCCAUGAAUCAAUUGCAUCACUUGAAUCUCUCAAACUCUAGCUUUUCCAGGAUUGUUCCUCCUCAGUUAGGAAACCUUACCAAUCUACGCUCCCUCGUUCUCUCGUUUAACUCUUUGACUUCAAUGUCUCUUUCUAUACUUAAAACUUCUGUAUUGAAAUCACUCGAAAUACUGAACUUGUCCGUGAAUCAAUUCAACGGAUCGAUGCCAGACCUGAGAGCAUUUCCUUCGUUGACAGAGCUGUACCUCUUCGCAAACAACUUUACUGGCUCAAUUCCUCUGAGUAUUGGCCAACUCUCCGAGCUUCAAGUUCUAGAUCAUUCUUUCAAUUCUUUGGAAGGUUUAGUCAAUGAAUCCCACUUUUCCAAGCUUGAUAACUUAAAGUCACUAGAUUUAUCCUACAAUCCAUUAUUGAUCUUGGAUAUUGCCCCUGAUUGGAGUCCUCCUUUUCAGUUGGCUAAUAUACAUCUAGCCAGGUGCAAUGUGGGUCCUACUUUUCCAAAAUGGAUUCAUACUCAGAGGAAUUUUGCAUCCCUUGAUUUGCAUAGUGCCAAUAUAAGAGAUGAAGCCCCGUGGUGGCUGUGGAGGACGUCUUCUUCAUUGCAAUUUUUAUAUCUCUCCGACAAUGAAUUAAGUGGUAGAAUUCCGAAACUCUCAUCCACCUCCAUCGAGUAUAUGGAUGUUAGUUACAAUAAUUUCUCGGGCCCUAUACCACUCUUUCCUCCAAAUGUUAGUGCAAUUUUCUUGAAUGGAAAUAUAUUCUCCGGUUCAAUUUCAUCUAUUUGCAAAACCAGCCACGACGAGCUUAGUUUCCUCGACCUCUCUAAUAAUCGAUUGGGAGGACAAGUUCCCAACUGUUGGGAGAAAGUGCCAAACAUGGUCCUCUUUAAUGUGGCUAACAACAGUUUUUCGGGUGAAAUUCCUCGCUCUUUAGGCGCUUUACAUAACCUCAGUGUGUUACAAAUGCGUGGUAAUAGUCUAUCCGGGGAAUUGCCUUACAAUUUAAGACUCUGCCAAGAGUUGAGAAUCUUUGAUAUUGGAGGGAACAAGCUAACAGGAGAGAUCCCCACUUGGAUCGGGCAACUGUAUCGGACGCAAUUUCUAAAACUUCAAGGAAAUAAAUUGCAUGGCAGUAUUCCUCUCGAGAUAUGCAAUCUUACUAAUAUUCAAGUUCUAGAUUUCUCUAUAAACAACUUGUCUUGGAUAAUACCCGAUUGCUUCAACAAUUUUACUGUCUUGUCCGGUACGGAUAUUCCAAAUCCUUCCAUUUCUGGAAAUAUUUUUGAUCCAUUAGACAAUGGAUUUGUAUUAACAGAUGGUAAAUGUUAUCAUAUUCGAGAUCGUGUCGUUAUUGAUGCUAAUAGACGUUACAUCUUUGAAUAUUCAUCGUUUCAAUGGAAAGGUAGGGAAUCCAAGUACUGGGAAAAUCUACGUCUUCUCAAACUCAUUGAUUUUUCAAGCAAUGGAUUGACCGGGAACAUUCCCAAAUCCUUUUCCAAUAUGAGUGGAAUAAGGUCCUUGAAUCUAUCAAGAAAUAGUUUGACGGGAUAUAUAAUUCCAGAUAUUGGUAAAAUGGAGAUGCUAGAUUCUCUUGAUCUAUCUCACAACCAACUCUCUGGCGAGAUACCAACAAGUUUGGCAGCAAUAUACGGUCUUGGUGAUCUUGAUUUGUCGAACAACAAAUUGUCUAGAAAAAUUCCAACUGGGACUCAAUUGCAGAGCUUCAAUCCAUCGGCUUAUGCAGGGAAUGAUGGACUAUGUGGCGACCCUCUUCCAAAGUGCCCCGGAGAUAGCUUGAGGCCAUCCACCACAAUUCCGAUGGAAAACAUGAAUGAGAACGACGUCAGCAUGUUCUCAUUCAUGCAAGAAGUUGGCAUAGCAAUGGCUUUUGGUUUUAUCUUUGGAUUUUGGGGAGUCAUUGGUUCAUUCAUAUUGAAGAAAUCAUGGAGAAUUGCAUUCUUCAACUUGUUUGAUGCUGCUGGAGAUUGGUUCCACGUUACAAUUGCUGUGUUUAUAUCCAAAUGCAGACGAAGUUGAACACUUAUUCCUGGAGUGAAACUACGCGCUUUAGCGUUCAAUCAAGGUCGAAACUCAUGGUCAUGGCUGGUGAUCUUUUCAAGUUAAUGUAAUUUGGAUUUUUUUUUCAUCUUUUUUAUAUGAGUGUAACGAACCCCAAGAUGAGCUCAAAGAGGCGAAGAAUGAAAACACUCUUUGCUUCUUAUAAAUUGCUCAGACUAUAUAUUGAGAACUCAUUUGAUGCAUAGAAUAUAUCAAAGGCAGAAUUGAAUAUCUAUGUUACAAACUUGUAAA